CUUGACCACGAAAUACGAAUUAACAUAAUAUUAUUAUUUUAUCAUAGUCAUACAGAAUGUGUCCGAAUGUCCGAUGGGUAUACGUAGAGUCGUAGAGGGCCUAAAUAUUAUUAUUUAUGUUCUCUAGUCGCUGGGCACGCGUUCGGAAUGUUCGGAUACAAGUAGUACUUGUCAAGUACCUAUACGACACGAGAGCUUAUCACUAGGAUAAUAUGGAAUUCAUAGUGUCAGGACGACGUGUCGACACUUUUAGGACCAAAGACGUAACGUCCAAACGGCAAUCACUCAGAACUCGGAAGUUAUCUAAUUACAGCUGCUAGGUUUACAAAGAAAUCUCGAAAAAUAGUUUCUCAUCAUGUUGGCAGACGAAGUGGAAUCCGAAAUACAUUUCAUGAAAACUUAUAGAAUAUUGAAAUGGGACGAACUAAUAAAAUUAAAUGAUGAUCGUAAAUCGCUUAACCAGAAAAUUACACUUGGGUUAGCCACCAAAGAGGAAUUGAUGAAACAAAUAAAAGUUGAACUAAAUAUGCUGGAUACGUGUCAACUUAAAAUUGAUCAAGAAAUGAAAGAAAACGACACCGAGUAUAUUAAUACUGAAAUACUUACAAUCUUAUCAAAUCGUAUCAAUGAUAUGUAUAACAGUAUGUUUUUACUGUUUCCCGUUGAAAAGACUUCAUUAUCAGAAUAUAUUGAGUUUUGCUCAAAUAAUACAUUGUUUAUUACUAAAUGUAGCAACAUGUUGGAUACACUUAUGUCGAGAUAUCAUAGUGAUCCUGAAGUGCACAUAACUGCAGCAACAUAUGAAUUUGAUGAUCGAAAUGAUGUAGAAUCAGCUAGAAAAUUUUUUGCAGAAGGAUUAAAAUAUCACAAAAAUUGUUCAUCAUUAAUAUUGGAAAAAAUCAACGCUAUCUUGGCACAACACAAGGAAAAUGAUGAAGGGAUGAGAACGGUGAAAUUCAAUUUCAGAAAAAAUCUGAAAAAUAUUAACAUUAAAAUAGCGAAAGCUAACUCAAAAACAACUAAAGAAAAAUUAAUAGAAGAAAAACAAAAAAUAUUAAAUAAUUAUAAAACUUGUGAAAAAAGUAUACAAAGAGGACUUAGUGAUUUAUAUGAACAAUUAGAUAAUAUAUAACAUAUAUA